AUUCCCUUUCCGAAUUUGCAAUUAGGGUUUGCUUCUUCCAUUGCAGCACUGUAACUUGAUCGAAAUUUUCACGAUGAAGAGAGGUGGAGGGGUUCCCCACCGCAACGAUGACAAUGAGGCGAAAAUUGGCGGCGUCACCAACAAGAAAAAGAUGAAGAAGAAUAUGCAGAGACUCGGAGGGCGAGGUGGCCUGUCGCUCGCAUCAUUUGCCAAUGCUAAAGCCAGGAAUGACACGUACAACCCUUCGGUUAUCAAAAAGCAGAGAGAAUUCUAUAAGAACGCAAAGUAUGUUAAGAAAUAUAAGAAGUCUCUAAAUCAGCAAGAGCGCCAGAGCACUCCUUCCACUGCUCAAGAACUGUUAGAGGGUGAAAAUGGCGGUGGUAACGCCAGCCAGAAGAAGAUGAAGUACAAGAAGAAUGCGCGAAACCUUCAGGAGUUGUACGAGAAGAAGCAUGGCGAGCAGGAGAAAGAUAGGAUUGAGAGGGAAGCCAUGAUGCAGGCUAAGAAGGAAGAGAGAGAGGCAGCAGAAGCUCGAAGGAGAGCGCUGAAGGAGAAAAUGUAUAAGAAAACGAGGUCUGGUCAACCUGUCAUGAAAUACAGAAUUGAGCAUAUGUUGGAAGCAAUCCAAGGUUCAACUAGUUAACACACCUUUUUGUUGUAUAUGUAAAAUUUGCCCCAAAAAUAACUCCUCUCCUCUCUCUAUCUCUAUAAUUUGGUUUCACUGCUGAAA